AUGUUGUUAACAAAGAGGGAGCGAGGCAAAAGACCACGGCGGGAAUCUUCUGAUGAGCUCUACAUCGAAGAACUAUCACCUGACGACAUUGGUUACGAUGGAGACGCCGAGGUUCUUCGCCCCGAUGAGUAUGAAGAUGUCGACUCUGAUUUCGAAGACGAGAAACACGCGACGAAAGUAUGGCCUUCAACAGAAGAAGAGCUAGCACGGCAGCUGGAAUUGCUUGCUUGUGGCCCGGAAAUCACCGGCUCGUCGCGCCUGGACGAGGGCGACGUGAACAAGAAGCGAAGAUCUAAAGAAAUGGAACACGAAUCUCUGUCGGCCAACGGCGGACACGCAGAUUUCGAAGUGUCUGAGAUGGUCGAUGGCCAGGCAGAACAGCGGCCUAUUAAGAAGAGGAGAAAAAGGGCAAGUCAAUAUGGGAUUGCUUAUCGACUUGGACGUAAACACGUCAACGGAACUUGGUCGGACAGUUCGGACAGAACUGAUGAUAGAGAGAUGCCAUUCUUGAUUGAGUCUUCCUGCUCAGGCACCCCAGAAGCCACGCCGGUACCUGAAGUUCAAAGUCCCAGGGUAGAGAUUGGCGAUGACGCAAUGGAUAUCGAAUAA